AUGGAUCAACCCGACCCGAAAAAUGCCUCUGGCCUGGUUCUCUCCGCCACCGAACCGAUUCGGUCGUUUCUCGCGUUGGCCUGCGACGAUCGUCUUCUCUCCGAGGAACUCAGAGGAAUUGCUUAUGAUCUGCGAUCGAGUAACACCGUUCCCUACAAAUUGCUCCGCGCUAUAUGGACCGAAUCCGAUCCUUCGACCAGACCGGACUUGUUGGGGAUUUUCUCCGGCUCCGAUUUCGUCUUCACCAGUCCCAAACCGAGGGAAAAGAGUGAAGAGCUGAAACUGAGAUUGAUAAAGCUGAGAGAAAUAGCAGAGAGGAAGGAAUACGCUGAGCUUGUUAAAGACAUAACACCUAGGAAACAAGUCGAAGAGCCUUUCUCUUCUUACAAAGACCAGCUCGGUUUCGGGUUACACGUUGGUCUCACCAUGUUCACUGGAUAUUUGGUUGGAUACGCUUCUUUUAGAGCUUUGUUCAACCGCAACCCUGCUCUGAGUGCUGCUGGUGGGAUUCUUGGAUUAGUUUUGGCGAUGCUUGUGGAAACGCUUCUGUUUAUAAUCAAGACCUCUAAAGAUGAUCAGAUUCAGAGCUCUAAAUCAUCAUCAUCUUCAUUCACUCCCACUACUAAGAAGAAUCAGUAG